AUGCCACGGCCACCAUAUUCGCAACGCAGGCGGGGUACACCCUCCCGCCCCCGUCGCGGAGGUCACCAUUCCCGACAACCUGGCCGGUCACCCCGCAAUCGCAGUGUCCGCCCAAGAUUGCUCAUCACCGCUCUCGACAAAGAACCAGCAAAAAAUUGGUAUUGCACAGAGGAACAGCUAGAACACACGCCUUCGCGACAGCAAGGGGUUUCUGCGGAGGCGGAACUGAUAUUACGCGAAAAGGGCACCCGGAUGGUUCUGAAGUUGGCAGACAACCUGACAAGGAGUCCGAGGCUAUCUCAUGUGUCAUGUCUCUAUUUUCAUCGCUUCUAUAUGCGAAAGUCCUUCAUAGAGUACAGCGAGUACAAGCUGGUGGCAGCUACUUGUCUCUGGAUAUCCGCCAAGCUGGAUGACCGGCCCAUCAAAAGCGCCCACAUGGUGGAGGCUUUCAUAAAAGUGCUCAACAAGGACCCGUCAAUGAAGGUAGAUUUCAACAGCCCACUCUUCGAGGAGUACCGAAGAAGGUUGCUCUUUUAUGAAAUUGAGGCUUUCAGAACCUUGAAUUUCGAUGCGCUGCCAAAGACCCCUCAUGAAACGUUCAUCGAGAUUUAUGACAAUUUGAAAGUUUCCGGACCGGUGGUUGAUGCUGCAACCGGGGUCUUCAGUGAUUGUUACUUUUCUACGAUUUGUUUGAUGUUUCCCGCCCGCUUUCUGGCCGCAGCCGCCAUCUUCUUCGGGGCAAAAAUGAUCGGUGCGAAAGUGCCUGUAGGCGUGGACGGACGAUCCUUUCGCAAAGUUACCGAUGUGGAAGACGAGGAGCGGUAUCGGACGUUCAAAGCUGCAGUUAACGAAAUGAACGAGUACUAUGUGCGUCAUCCUUGUCGUCAGCGGCACGGUCUUGGAAGUAACAGUCCUGUGAAGAAAGAGGAGGACAAAUCAUCAUCCGUAGAGGCCUCGGCCAAACUGGGGGAAGGGGACGCGUGGGUCAUGAUGGAAAGAGGCGACCCAACAGUCAGAGGGGAAGCAGGAGACCUAUCUGGCCGUGACGAGAUGUCGCCUAGUAUAAUGUCAGAGGGAUACGCUUCAUCUCCGACGUCAAUACUCGGAUGCAAGAGGAAACCUGAAGAGUCGGUGGGCACGAUUUCGCCAAGGACGGACCCAGCUGCCGACCAUCGGCGUGAGAAGCGAGCGCGGUUCGCUGAUGUUUCCGAGAUGAACACCUGA